UAACGAGGGAGACGACCAAUUCUCGCCAAACCCUCAACGGAGGCUACAUUGCAACUCUAGUUGACUUCAUCUCUAAUGUGGACCUCCUGCGUGGAGGACGUCUUCAGCACUAUAUCAAGGCGGCGAAGAUUGAUUCAUGGGUCAUCGUUGAAUCUAACAUAGUCAAACUAGGCAAGAUUCUAGCCUUCUGUGAAGUUUCCCUGUUUGACGAGGCCUCAGGCAGCCUGCUUGCUAAAGGCAAACAUGCCAAAUGCAUGUUUUCGUAA